GCCUCCGAUUCGCCUCUCCCGCAAUCUCCCAUUCCCCUUCAUCGCCACACCGGCUCUAGCAAUCGCUCGCUGCCUGCACCUCUUCAUCUGUGUUUUUCAACUAUUGCUAUCAAAAACCUUUGAUUUCCACUCCAGGGGCCAUCAUUAGAGCUCAGGCUUGUGCUGCCUUCUAUUGGCCUCCCCGGCAAUUCAGGGGCCAUCAUCAGCGCACCUGCUCCUGCAAUCGCUAGCUACCUUCAUCAUCCUUCACCCUUCAUCAGCGUUUCCCAUCUAUUGCUGUCUUGAACCUUUGAUUUACACUCCAGAAGCCAUCUUUAGAGUUAGCUAUUGUUUACUUCUCCGUAUUCAUCCUACUGUUUAGUGUCUUCACCCAUCCAUUCUGUCUCUGUGUCCCCUUCAGAUACACUUAUUUGCAUCAUUUUUUCAUCUUCUCCACCAACCACCAACCAAAUUGAAGAUUCUGUGAAUACACACACAAACACAAUCUGCCUUCAGAGUAAUUUUACCUAUUUCCCAUAUUUGCUCUGUUAUAUUCCCUAUUUUCAUUCCUCAAAAAACCCCAAUUUUCCCACCGUGUCUUUCUACUUCCAAGAAACACAAAAAAGAUACAUCCUCCCUUAAUACCACGGUGUGCUUUCCAUGGCAGAGGUGGCGCUGGCUGUGGCUGGCGUUCGGGCUGGCUUACAGUUGGUGGUAUCGCCAAUCUUGAAGAAGCUCCUAGCUGACCCUGCAAGGUGUCUUGGUGUGGACAUGGCGAGUGAGCUCCAUGAACUGGAGACCAACAUCAUGCCGCAGUUCACUCUACUGGUUGAAGCAGCUAACAAGAGCCCUCACAGGCCAAUGUUGAACAACUGGAUCCAGCAGCUCAAAGACGCCUUCUGUAAAGCUGAGGACCUGCUAGAUGAGCAUGAGUACAACAUCCUCAAGCACAAAGCAAAGAGUGGGAAGGACUCUUCGCCCGAGCAUGCAUCUUCCAGUAAUGCUAUUAUGAAGCAUGUGCAUACUGUGUCAAGCAGGCUGUCCAAUCUGUGCCCAAAGAACAAAAAGCUACUCGACCAGUUGAAGGAACUAAAGCUCAUCCUUGCGAAAGCCAAGGGCCUCCGUGAACUGCUUUGCUUACCUGCUGGUAAUAGUGUUGAGGCCUGCGCAGUAUCGGCAUCUGUUAUUCCAGUUGAUACAUCAUUUGCACCUUUGAAAGUGAUCGGUCGCGACAAGGAUCGCAAUCAUAUUGUAGAUCUUCUUACCAAGCCAAUUGAUGUUGAGUGUGAUACAAGCAGGUAUUCUGGUGUAGCCAUUGUUGGACUUGGAGGCAUGGGAAAAUCCACCUUGGCACAGUAUGUUUACAAUGACAAGAGGGUAAAAGAACACUUUGAGGUCAGGAUGUGGGUCUGCAUCUCACGCAAACUUGAUGUCAGUGGCCAUACACGGUUAAUUAUUGAAUCAGCAAAAGGAGGGCAGUGCCCACCCGUUGAUAAUCUUGAUACUCUCCAGUGCAUAUUAAGGGACAUACUAGAGAGAAAAAAAAGUUUCCUGCUUGUGUUAGACGAUGUCUGGUUUGAAGAAAGUACCAACGAGAUGGAGUGGGAAAAACUAUUGUCUCCUCUAAUAUGUCAACAGACGGGAAGCAAAAUUUUGGCAACUUCUCGAUCAAAUAUACUCCCAACUCCUCUUUGUUGUAAUGAAAUUAUUCAUUUGAAAGACAUGGAAGAUACCGACAUCUUAGCACUCUUCAAGGACCAUGCCUUUUCUGGUGCAGCAGUCGGAGACCAGAAGGUGCGUGAGCAGCUAGAAACUAUUGCAGAAAAGCUUGCUAAAAGACUUGGAAGAUCUCCUCUGGCAGCAAAAACUGUGGGUUCACGGCUGAGCAGGAAAAAGGAUAAAGCUGCAUGGGAAGAUGCUCUGAGGAUUGACAACUUAAGCGAUCCCAGUAGAGCACUUUUGUGGAGUUACGAGAAAUUAGAUCCAAGUCUGCAGAGGUGCUUCCUAUAUUGCAGUUUAUAUCCAAAAGGCCACUUGUAUUCAAUUAAGGAGUUGGUUCACACGUGGCUAGCAGAGGGACUUAUUGAUUCGCCCAAUGUGAACAAGAAACUGGAAGAUAUUGGGAGGGGUUUUUUCGAUGAGUUUCUCUGCGUUUCAUUCUUUCAACCAGUUUACGUAAAUGACAUAGUUGGGGAAUAUUGUGUUAUGCAUGAUCUCGUUCAUGAUUUCGUAGAGUCACUUUCCAAAGAAGUCUGCUUCAGAUUAGAAGAUGACAAGGUGGCAACAAUACCAUGCACUGUUCGACAUCUAUCUGUUUGUGUUAAGAGUUUGAAGCAACAUAAAUACUCGAUCGGCAGCCUACAUCAUUUACGUACCUUUAUCUGCAUUGAUCCACUUACAGAUGAUGCAAGAGAUAUUUUCCAACACGUGCUGCAAAGUUUGAAGAAGCUGCGUGUACUUAGGCUGAGGUUUUACAAUAGCAACAAGCUACCUGAAUCUGUUGGUGAACUGAAGCACCUUCGGUACUUGGAACUCAGAGGUACUUCUAUCUCUGAAUUGCCUGGAUCAUUGUGUGCUCUUUACCACUUGCAAUUACUUAAGUUCAGUGGCAAUGUUAAAUCUUUGCCUGAAAAACUAUUUAGUUUAAGUAAGCUGAGAUACUUUGAAGUUGAAGGGUGCAGUCAAAUCCCUUACAUAGGCAAGUUAACUUCGCUCCAACAUCUCAAACAAUUUUCCGUGCAAAAGCAAAUGGGCUAUGAGGUGCAGCAGCUAAAAGAUAUGAAUGACCUUGGAGGCAGUUUAAGUAUAAAAAAUCUUGAGAAUGUCACUGGGAGGGAUCAAGCCUUAGAAGCAAAGCUACAUGAGAAAAGGCAUCUUGAGAACUUGCACCUUGAAUGGAGUGACAUGACUGCACAUGAUAGUUUACAUUUGGAAACUCUGGAAGGUCUGAUGCCACCGCCUCAAAUUAGGGGCCUUACUAUAAAAGGUUAUGGAUAUGCAAAAUACCCAGGCUGGUUACUUGACAAUUCUUAUUUCCACAAUUUGGAGUCACUUGCGCUUGUUGAUUGUAGUGCCUUAGAAAUGCUACCAUCCAAUGCUGGCCUCUUUGGGAAUUGCUCCUCACUUCAUCUCGAGAAUGUCCCAAACCUGAAGACAUUGCCUUCUCUUCCAACCAGGCUUGAAGAGUUGAAGAUUGAGAAAUGCAUGUUGAUUAUGUUUAUUUCUAACGAUGAGCUAGAACAACAUGCCCAAAGGGAGAACACCAUGAUGAUACACAACUUGGAGUCACGGCUUUCUUCCUUGUGGGAGGUGGAUACGGGAUCCAAAAUCAGGAAAGUACUAUUGUCGGAACAUUCAUCUCUCAUUUGGUUGAUGACAUUGAUGGAUGCUGAUAUUUCUCUUCUUCAAACCAUUGAAAGUGUUGUACAAAGAGAGGGUGGUGAAGAAUUGUUUAAAGAGGAUAUCAUCAAGGCAUGGAUAUGUUUCCAUGAGGAGAGGGUAAGACUCAUUUGUAAAAGGAACAUAGGCCUGCCACUGGUACCACCAUCAGGGCUUUCUCGGCUUGAUCUUUCGUCAUGCAUCAUUACAGAUGGGGCAUUAGCUGUUUGCCUUGAUGGUCUCACUUUGCUGAGACAUUUGUCUUUGAAAGAGAUUAUGACUUUAACUACACUGCCGUCACAAGAUGUUCUCCAACAGUUGACAAAGCUUCAUUACUUGUGCAUCAGCUCGUGCUGGUGUCUUAGAUCAUUGGGGGGAUUACGAGCUGCUACCGCCCUUUCAGAAAUUAAAUUACGGAGCUGCCCUUCUUUAGACUUGACACCUGGAACAAGUUCUUUGCCAUUGUCCCUUGAGGUUCUCGGAAUAUUUCACUGGAUGGUUUCCGCCGAUUUCAUCAGUAUUGACUUGCCCCACCUGAAAGAUAUUUCCAUGGCUUUCUGCAGAAGCCCUUCAUCAUUGUCGAUUGGUCAUUUAACCUCCCUCCAAAGAUUGUCACUGCACAAUUUACAUGACUUGUGCUUUCUUGAAGGCUUGUCCUCGCUGCAACUAUCCAGCGCACGGUUUACACAUGUCCCCAACCUCAAUAUGAAGUUUGUCUCACAGUUGCGAGUCAAGGGGUCCCUCUUUGUUAGCAGCCCCGUAAUGCUCAACCACAUGCUCUCAGAUGAAGGUUUUACAGUUCCAGAAUUUCUCGGUCUUGAUGGAUGUAACGAGUCCUUUUCAUUUGAAGAAUCGGCAGAUUUCUCAUCUAUCAAGUGGCUGUCAUUUUUGAAUUGUGAAACCAGUUCAUUGCCAGUUAAUCUCAAGUGGUUUUCAUGCCUGCGGGCACUACAGAUUGUUAAGUGCCCCAAUAUAUCAUUUUUACCUGAUUUGCCAUCUUCCCUUGAACACAUAUUUGUGCGGGAUUCUGAACUCCUGAAGAAGAGCUGCCGAGCACCUGAUGGAGAAAGCUGGCCAAAGAUUGAGCAUAUCCACUUCAAAAAAUUUCCAUAAUUUUCAUCCGGAUUUGCAACUAUAUAGAAACAGAAAGGCAAAGACCUCACCUGCUCGCUCUAAAAUAGACGACGUAUGUUUUCAUAAUUUUUUGGAAUUUCAAGUAUCUUAUGUAUUGAAAAGUUACCCUCCAUUAAUUCAAAAGUUUCCCUAUUCAUUUAUUUUCAAACAGCAGGCCUAUCCAGAUUUUUUUGAUCUGUCACUGAGGUGGAGCGGAUUUCAAACAGCACUUCAGUUCUCCCAUGUGUCUUGUUUUGUUAUACUCAUCUCAGAGUGUUCCUUUUGGUUGGUACUGGUUGUACUGCUAGCUUCUGUGCUCUGUAUGCUGUGAUGUACUCCUGGAGAGUUAAUAAUCUCCAUGUACCGUCAUAACUGAACUUGUGAAGUUCAUUUUUGGAUUACCGUGGAGGUUGAUUUGU